UUCACCCCCGAUUGAAAACUACUGUAACAGACCAGCAGUAGGUUACUUGAUAAUAUAAACUGUGUAAUGUUUUUAAACCUUUCAACAAUUUCAACACUCAUUAGCGAUAAGUUUAUGUCCUGUGACUAUUUUUACUACGCACAAUAAUUGACAUAAAAAGCUCGAAACAAAUCAUAUUCCCAGGCCGACGUGCGGUGGUGUACUUUCAAAGCCACCCACUACAUGUCUCUGUCAAGGCUCACAUAGGAGUGCCCUCAAAUAUCGCCCCAAGCAUGGUUUUAUGUUCACUGCAACCAUUCUGCUGCCGCCGUUCCGUAUCCUGUCUCGAUGCCAAUCCCAGUUGCAGUGCGAUGGUGCUAUAUAUUUCUCCCGACACUCGCCUUAUCAUCACACAUAUCAAUGUGAUUAUCAUCCUACACAUUCCUUAGGUUGUCUGAUGUGCUAUCCUUUGCGUGUCAUGUCUGCUUCUGUAUUGUAAAGCUGAGGUACACCCGGCAUGAUUAUGAUGGCACCCACGGGGAAGUAUUUAUUGUGCUCAGCAGCACCACUCCUGGGAGUGUUUAAUAAUUGUAUUCAAUUUCCUGCUGCUCGCCACAUCACUGCCAGCGCGUCGGAGCAGUCACUUUCUGGCGAUCGGACUGUUAAGGUGCUGGAUUUUAACGACCGACGAACAUGGGCAACAAGGUGGUCACUUUUACCGACCAACAGCUUGAGGAUUAUCAGGACUGUACGUUUUUCACGCGAAAGGAGAUCUUGAGGGUUCACAAGAGAUUUCGCGAGACGAGUCCGGAUCUAGUACCGAUGGUUAUGACCGAUAGACAGGCCACCUCCAUACGAGUGCCCCGGGAAAGGAUAGAAAAGCUUCCGGAGCUGGUGGAGAAUCCGUUCAAGGUACGGAUGUGUGAGGCAUUUUCACGCGACGGGGACGGCAGCUUGUCGUUUGAAGAUUUACUGGAUUUGCUGUCGGUGUUCAGUGAGCAGGCCCCGAGGGAUAUUAAGGUGUUUUAUGCUUUUAAAAUUUAUGAUUACGACAAUGACGGAUUCAUCGGGCAAUCGGAUUUGCUGAACGUGAUUACUGCGCUGACCAGAAGCGAGCUCACCGCCGAGGAGCACCAGCAGAUUGUGGAUAAUGUCAUCGAGGAAGCAGAUGUCGACGGUGAUGGGAAGCUGUCCUAUUUGGAAUUCGAACACGUGAUUACCCGAGCGCCCGAUUUUAUGUCUACAUUUCACAUUCGAAUCUAGCUGACAAGACGCGCUGUGUGCUCUGGUGGAAGUGCCAGUGAACUAAUAAUGUUAACACUGGGCAGCCAUCUGUCGUUUCAAAUAGUGAAACUGCUCGUUACCAGUUCGAACAGCGUUGACAGAAACCUUAUUUCGAAAAGGCGUAACGAUGCUACCGGCUGCUGGUGUAAGUAUGGGGAGUAAUAACUGUUAUAAACUGUAUAUCAGUAACGGGAAGCAUGGCUCUGAAUAUAAACAGCUAGAAACUGUUAAUGCGUCGGAUUUCGGAAAAUUCAUUUGGAUCUUACAUGUUAAAUUGGAUAUACAUACUAAUGUUUCUGAAACAAUAAAAAUGAGUUAGAAUUGGUCAUUAUU